ACAGGUACUGCUAUGUGGAUAUUUGUUAGCAAUGACUGAUGUGGAAUCUACAUAUGCAGACUUUAUUGCUUCAGGAAGAACAGGUAGAAGAAAUGCGUUACAUGACAUACUUGUGUCUUCUCCGGGUGGGAAUUCUAGUGAACUAGCCUUGAAGUUAUCAGAGCUUGAUAUAAACAAAGCAGAAGGAGAAGGAGAUGCACAACGAAAUCCAAGUGAGCAAACCGGGGAGGCCCAAGGGGAGGCAGCAAAGCAAGAAAGCUGACAUCCAACUUUGACCGACUGGAGCAGCUGCUGGAUGUUUUCAGACUACAAGAGCAUGCUGGAACAAAUCUGUUUCCAUGAGCAAGCUGGUGAAAAAGAAAGUGCAUGUGUCUUCACUGCUGAAACCCACUCAGCACAAUGCUAAAAAUGGGGGUACAAGCUGUGGCAGAAGACAGAAUUUUCUCUACCUCUGUCAUUAGCAAUGGUUGAACAUGUAUUGAUUUUUUGGGAUAGUGUCAUCAGAUGGAUCCCUUCAUAAUGACUACUUGAUGAGAACAAUUUUAGGAAGUAGAACAGGUAAAUCUUGUAGCAAAUGGCCUUUGAAACAUCAGAGGAUCUAAUUGUCUAUCUUAAGCAAAGGCUUGUGUGAUCCUCAGAGUUUAAAAUUCUCUGGCCAAAGUGUUCACCCAUUAAAAGAACUGUAAAGAAAGCACUGUUUUUAGAACUUUGCGUCUGUUCUACAGCUCUGUUAUUUACAAUGUUUUUUGUAUUGUACAACUUAAAUGCUCCACACUGCCCCUUCUCAACUGCUUAUGAAGAAUAUUUCUGUUACUGUGAAUUUUUCUACCACGCGUUUUGAAAGGGCUGGUUUUUUGCAUAAUGUGGUGAUGUGCACAUGAUAGAUUUAAAACGUCAACCGCUAAAUUGAUUAUGCCUAAACCUAAAUGAGUCAGCAACACUCUAAUUUGUUACUAGAUAAGCCUUCAAAACGAUUUGUUAAUGUGAAUACUUCAGCGUGUUUUGUGUCCUUGGUACAGUUUUGCCACUUGCCUGUAGUUAGUUGCAUAUCAGAGACUCAAAUCGAAUCUUUUAUGUUAUUCUUCCCCAUUUUUCUAAUUUUACUCCCAAUUUCUUAAGCUUUCUCCAAGAUAUUUUUUUUAAAAUGUUAGUCCAAGUAUUUUAUUGUUAUGGUAGUUUUAAGAAUACAUUUGUGACCUUAUAUGAGUUUAAAUUCAAACAAAUUCCAUGGUGCUAGAGAUUUUCCUGGUUCGCAUUGUUAAAGAUAGGCCUUGUUUACACACAGGAGAAUAACUGGCAUAGGUUAUUGCCAAUUAUAUAAUCUGGAAUGAGUUUUAGAUUGCAGGAUAGUCCAACUGGUGGAUCAUGGGCUGGAUCCAGCCAGGGGACUAUUUUUUCUAUUCCUUGCCUUUGCCUCAGUUGAUCAGGCUGUUGAGUUUGCACAGCCAGUAGCCUGUUACUGAUGCACCGGUCACAGCCAAGUGCUAGAAAAGCUGGUACAGCAGCCUUUUGGCCAGGUUGCAGAGAGGGAAGUGAGAGACUUGGCAUCUAGCACCUGAAAGACUAAUUUAUUUUUUUUCCCAUUUCAGCUAUUCCAAAAUGACAGUCCAAACUGGACCUUCAUUGAAAUACCAGGAUAGCUUGUCCAUCCAGGGGAUUGCUUAAAAUAUCUACAAAUUAAUAACCUAUUUUUCAGUAGCUAUGCUGGUUGAUUCCUUCCCCCCCCCAUCCCACCCCAACAGACAAGGUCAUAUAUGAGGCUGAAUGCUGCAAAAUGGUGCAGCCACACCUCUGUGUGACUAAGGUGAGUCAAGAGAGUGACUGACUAGUCAACCAUGGCAAUCACAUAAACACCAAUCACAAAGUCAGAAGAUUUGUUUUCUUUUAUUAACAGGAGGUGAUGUCACUUUCUUUAUAUAUAGUAUAUAUAAUAUAUAUAUUUUUGUGUUGUUGUUGGUUUCAAAUGUUAUGCACUUUUUAAUGUUUGUAAACUUUUACUAAUGAAUAGUGUGAUUGCUUCCUGAAUAUAUUAAUCAUCAGUUAGCAAAACAUCUUUGUGGCCACAGCUAUUUGUUUCUACCAUAUGUAUCAUAGUACUUGUCACCUGAAAUUCUUUUGUGAGAUGUGUGGAGAAAAAAAAAACAAACAAACCACUUCUGAUCAGUAUUAUGAGCUCAUUUAUUAGUGUUAAUAAAAAACAAGCCAGCGGUAUGCUUGUGGCUCCUUAGUGUAAUAUUAACUCUCACCUUUAACUUUUUGGAAGCUGGAUGCUCACUGUCUUAUUAGUUGUCAAAUGCCCUAUCUUCUUGGUAACAGUAGUAGUCCAUUUGCUUUGGAAAUACUAUUACCCUUAAACUAAUUUAUUCAUUUGUUUCACUUAAUGUUCCUUUCAAAGUUAACACAUUAUUGAUUUUUUUUUUUUUUUUUUUUAAUUAUUUACCCCCUCCUUGCUCUUGCAUCAGGUCUUCAAGCUUAACUAGUUGCCCCUUUAUCAUGGACUAGUUACUGUCAAUCUAGCACAAACACCAGAAGGAAUAAGAUUCUGGGGCUUUUUGUAGUGUUACUUUAUUGAUGAUCCAUGAAACAUCAUCAAUAAAAUGUCGUGGAAAAAGGCAAUAGCGAAAUAAGUAAUUACAGUACAUUAAAGUGUUGGUUUUCCUUAUUUUCCUUCAGUGCUUUUCUUUAUUUCAAUACACUUUCCUUCUUAAUUCUUCUGUGUUGUGAAAUAAAAUCAUUUCAGCCUUCCCUUUC